AUGCCUAAAGCACUGAAGGGAAAAAAUGGAGGACGGGAAAAGAAAGUCAUCCAUCCACAUAGUAGAAAAGCAGCUCAAAUUAUGAGAGAGGCCCACAAAAAGGAAAAAUUGAAGAAUGAAAAAGCCUUGCAUCUCAACAGUAUUGGUGAAAAACUGCAGUGGUUUCAAAAUCACCUUGAUUCCGAAAAAGUAGAAUAUUCAAAGAAAGACACUUGUGACCUGAUUGAAAGUUAUUUAAAUCGAUUCAGCAGUGAGUUGGAGGAGACUGAGUUACAUAACAGCAUCAAGGGCAGACAGGGAAGGCGACACAAUUCCCAGGAGACAGUUAUCAAACAGACGAUGGAGCGUAGGCGACAGCAAUAUGAAGGAUAUGGCCUUGAGAUACCAGACAUUGUAGAUGCCGGUAACCUGAAAACUUUCAGGGAGUGGGAUUUUGAUCUGAAGAAAUUGCCAAACAUUAAAAUGAGAAAAACCUGUGCUAAUGAUGCAAUUCCCAAGAAAUGCAAGAGGAAAAAUGUUACAACUGUAGACAAAGUCUUAGAGGAAUUGGAAUUAAAAGAUGAAUCCAGAUGAGGAAUGACUCCAGUAACCUAACUGUCCUUGAGUUGAGAAUAAAUAACUUGAGAGCUUCAAGUUACACUCGCUGA